AUGAAUUCUAUUCGCGGCAUACUUAUUGAUGUAUCGGGCACCUUAAUGAUUGGAAACAAACCGUGUGAAGGUGCCGUUGUUGGUUUGGAAAAACUCAGAGACGCUGGUAUUCCAGUAAGUGAUGCUUUGGAAGAUUUCCAAGGCGUCCCUGUAGAUGAACCAAUGAAUGCUGUUGUAAUGGGUCUAUCUCCGUCUAAUAUGCAAUACGACACGCUUAAUAAAGCUUUCCGCAUCUUGAUCAAUGAUCCAAAUGCUCCUUUAAUUGCUCUUCACAAAGCCAAAUAUUUUGCUGAACCAGAUGGUCUUAGUUUAGGUCCCGGUCCAUUUGUUUCUGCAUUAGAAUAUGCUUGUGAUGGGCCGGAAAAAACCUUUUUUGAAUCUGCACUUAAAGACAUGGGACUUCUGGAAACUCCAAACCAAGUUAUUAUGAUCGGUGAUGACAUUACACAAGACUUGGGAGGUAGCGUGAUGAUUGUGUUUAGCACAACUGUUGUUUCAUAA